AUGAACACCGUGGGCAAAGAGGAAAAGUCAACAAUAACAUCAACAACUGCUACCGCGUCAUCUCAACAUACAAUGAAUGAAUGCAUCGAUUUCGUUACCGAUAUUCAAGAACAGCAAGUUUUUAUGGUCUUAUCUGGUGCCUUUGAGAAAUCAACUAUUGACAUCACUCAUGACAUGCCACAAAUCAGUAAUAUUUAUAUUUUGAGUGAUAAUGAAGGACAGCAUGAAGGUUGGACGAAACAAUGGGCAAAAAUCAAAGGUGUAUUUACAGAUAUUGCCUCAAUCUGCAAGCCACUUCAACAAGAUGUAUACAAAUGCGAUUGA